UUUAUUACGCUGGAAACGUAUUCCCUCGAAUACUGAAACGUGAGAGCGGUCAUUGGGUUGUUUUGUUGGCCACACUGUUUGGAUCGCCAUAUUUCUCUGCUUUCCGUUAGAUCGGUACAAGGAAUAGCGGAAUAAAAUGUGGUAAUGGCGAGUGCGUCUGUUCCGUAUAUUUGAUGUUGUGAUAAAGUUGGGCGUACGCGUCCACCUUAUCAGUCGUGACAAAGUUUUUCAUUCCGAGUAUGUUCACUUAAUUUUGGUACUUACGCUUAGUUUUUAUACAAAGUUAAUCAACAACAAAAAGAAAAAAGUGAUUGGUGUACUAUGUCGGUGAUUCAUUAUCAGAAUAUGGAAGUACACGACAGAUAGUACAUGAUAAUUCUAUUAUACGAAGAGAAUUUACAACUUUGUAUAUUUCACGAUACGUGCAUCUGUUUCACCAUACCUGAUUGUUAAUAUACAAGAAAUAGUUUUUGAACGUGUUAUAGCAUUACGAAUAAUCGAUACGCGCCCGUACACGUAUAACAAGAUAAUAUGAAAUCGGAGCGAGCAUGAAGGUGACUGUGUGUUUCGAUAACGUUAGAGUGGUGGUUCCAUGCGGGGAUGGAACCCUACUGGUUAAAGAUUUAAUGCAUGAGGCUAUUCUAAGGUAUAAAAAAGCAACUGGAAAAAAUGAUAGUGCAUUGGCCAUAAAUAGUUUGUCUUCUCUGACUGGAGGUGGCCUAUUGGAUCCAGAUGAUAGGUUAUGUGAUGUAGCCGAUGACAGAGAACAGAUUGUUGCUCAUUUUGUGAAUACCGAUGUUGUGCAUGUUGGUGGUGAUGGAGCAAGUUCAGUUGGAACAAACAGUCCUGACUUUUUCCACUCGGAUAGCAAAGAACCAUCCUAUGCAAUUGAUACACAUUCCUCCAUACCUCCCAGUAUAAAAAGAGAAAGUACUAAAAGAUUGUCGAUGCAUGCAUUGUCGACUAGAGAACCUUGUCUAGCCACAUAUUCUGCUCAGUCCCUUCCCAGAGAGUCUCGUCGCAGAGAACCACUGGGACAAGAUGCCAAAGUAUCAUUUGAUUAUGCAAAUGCCAAUAUUGAAACUGGGAAUCAGGGAGAGAUCAAAGAAAUUGUAAUAAAGAAUGAAGCAGGACCACUGGGGCUUCAUGUGGUGCCAUGUUAUGAUUUAUUGGGAAACGAUCAAGGGCUCAGGGUUGAAGGCAUUGAGCCCAAUGGCAGAAUUGCUAGAGACGGUCAAAUUGAUCUGCACGAUAAGAUUAUAAAAAUAAAUGGUCAUAAUCUGUUACAUAUACCAUUUUCCAAAGUGCAAGACAUUUUUCGUACCUGUAUGACUGAACCGUGUUUGCAGAUUUCUGUUGUAAAGCAUAAAAAAUUGCGUGAGAAAUCAUUGCAUAAAAGUCAUGGGAAUACCAGUGGAGAGAAGUCAGAAACUGAUGAUAAUGUUAAAAGACUUCAGUGUAGCAACUAUAACUUGUUACAGACUGCUAACACACGUAAGAUUGGGCGCAUGAUAGAAAUAGAAUUAACUAAAGGUAGCAAUGGCCUAGGAUUCAGUGUCACAACGCGUGACAAUCCUGCAGGAGGUCAUUGCCCAAUAUACAUUAAGAAUAUAUUACCAAAAGGUGCUGCUGUUGAAGAUGGUAGAUUAAGGCCUGGUGACAGACUGCUGGAAGUGAACAAUAAAGAAAUGACAGGUAAAAGUCAAGCAGAAGUAGUUUCCCUUCUUAGAAGUAUUCCACCUGGUGGGAAGGUGAGAAUGGUGGUCUCCCGCCAAGAAGAAAUCUCAUCCAGUAUUCCUGACUCUCAUUCCCAUGUUUCUCCCACAAGUCAAGCUUCAGAAACCACAGACAAUUCAAAGUAUUGGAACACGUCAACUUCGCCAGUAAAAAAGAACAUCGAAAUUCAAGAUAAAAUUAGUACUCAUAGUUACGAAAAGUGCUCGUUCAAACCAGUGAAAUCUACAUCAGAAGACAUUGUUCUAUCGCCUCGUAAAAAUCGGAUGAUAUUAACCUUAGAUAUACCGGUGCACGAUUCGGAGAAAGCAGGAUUAGGUGUCAGCGUCAAAGGAAAGACGACCAACACCGACGAAAACACGAACAUGGAUUUAGGAAUUUUCAUAAAGAGCGUCCUUCACGGAGGAGCAGCGUCCAGGGACGGGAGAUUAAGGACCAAUGAUCAAUUGCUCAACGUAAACGGGGUAUCUUUGUUAGGACUGUCAAAUUCAGACGCAAUGGAAACACUCAGAAGAGCGAUGCUCAACACGAACAGUUCGGUAACAGGAGUGAUCACCCUGACCAUAGCCAGGAGGAUAUCCUCGUACGACGCGAACGAAAAGAAUCUUCCGGAAAAUCUGUCUUCUCACUGUAAAUUAGAGUCUGCCAACAGCAUAUACAUAUCCGACUCCACGAAAAGCAACGAGGGCAGGAUAAAGGAAAAGAACAGCCUGAACUCCCAGUCGGACAUUCUGGACAACGGAGGCCUCUUAUCUUGCGUGACAGCAUCUCCAUGGAAUCCAGUCAUCGAUCGAUUAACGGAACAAUACAACAAAAAUAGCUUGAGAAACGAGAGUUACUGCAUCGCCACCAACAAAACGUGGAUAGAACCCGUGAGUAACGUGAAGAAGAUCACUAUAGGACCAAGGGAGGAUCGCGCGGAGCCAAUAUUGUUAGAGGACUCCAACGAUCCGCAGUGCAAUGAAGCUAAACGAAACACGGACGACAAAGAUAGUCAGUAUUCCGGAGAUCCGACUUACGACAGUCAGUUGUCGUUAGAGGAAUUUAACUCUUCUUCCAAUAAGUUUUCCCGUGACGCUUUAGGUAGGCAGAGCAUGUCGGAGAAGCGACACGCGGCUCUGGACGCGAAGAACACCGAUACCUACAAGAGAAACAAGAAACUACGAGAGGGCCGCGAGAAUAAAAACCAAGAACAGGCCAAUCAGAAGUCGUCCAAUCAAUCGACGGAUUCAGAGGAUCAGACGAGACGAGGAUGCAAGGCGGAGAGUUUCGAAAAGAGCAAAAACAAAAACACCGAAGGCAGCACCGCCAGCGAGAAUAACAUGAAACGAUACGAGAAAUCCGUAGAUCCUGCUCAAUCAGAAUAUAUGUACACUAUACCUGGCUGUAAUAAUAAGUUCACCUCACCGAGGAAACACUGGCUCGUGGACGACGUACACGGGGAUAUAGCUAAUAGCAAUAACUUUAAGGACGAUCGCGAGGGUUUUCCGAACAGUCGGGGCGAUGUGAAGCAGGCGUCGUUGAAUUCUGCUUUGGACGAUCGAUACAAACGCUCGAGAAAAAAAGGAGGUAUCCGUUCGAUGCUACGAUUAGGGAAGAAUAGAAAAUCGCUCAAUUUCGGUGAUAGCAUAGAAGCUCGCCACGAGACUAGCAAUUAUUGCAGCGGAACGAUCAAUUAUAUUGCAUAAUAUUCGAGGGGAAUUUAACUUAGAUACGAAAUACAUAAAACGUACUUGUGCAUAACAUCUAGAAACACACAUAUUUACACGAGAGGAUACACGUUUUUUUUUAACACUCAUAGCACGACCACGCGUACACGUACACUCGGGUGCAAUGUAGGCUUUCUUCGGAUAAGGGUUGGUGUAGGGUUUCGAUUUUAGUUCAUAUAAUUUGAAAUUUCCUUAUUUCUUUAAUGAUCAAAUUUCCAAGUUCUCUAAGUUUUCAGUUUUUUCAAAUUUUUUAAUUUUAAAGUUCAACUUUAAUGUUUCUGAAUUUGCAAAUAUUCUAAAAAAAAGCGAGGUAAGGCCAUUUUCCUCUACAUCGUCGUAUUCCCUAGGGAAGCCUACCAUGCUCACUACUGUACAUAUUAGGUAUAUAUUUACAUGUAUCAUUUGUUCCAAAGUGCCUUAUAUCGUUGCAAAAGAAAGUAAUUAAUUCUGUAUAUAUAUAUUAUAUAAUUUUUUGUAUUCGUCCUCAAUUCGUACCGAUCAUGUAUAUCUAUUUUUUAAAAUAAAACAAUCAUGCACUUAA